AUGGCGAACGCAGUCCUCGAUCCCUCAGAUCCGACUUCACCACUGUCCAUCCCCCCGCAUGAGACCGCCCUGCUACUCAUGGACUAUCAGAACAUCCUCCGGGGACUGGUCGGAGAUGGAGUCUGGGCUAGUAUCACCAAUAUCGCUGCUGGCUUACGGGAUUGGGCGCUCGAGAAGAACAUAAGGGUCUUCCACUGCCUCAUCGAUACUUCACCAGGCACACAACCUCCUGGACAUACCAGGACUGCAACUAAAUGGAAGGCGUACGAGGCUUCUUUCGCAGCAGCACCCGAACUCGGACGCGAAUCAGGACUGCUUGCAGUUUGGCGUCCUUCUAACCUGGAGGCGAAUUUUGUGAGAACACCAGGGUCCAUCUCUGCGCUGGAAUCGCAUGGACUUGCUGAGGUCCUGAGGGCGACAGGGAUUAGAUCCCUCAUCCUCGGGGGCAUCAGUACUUCAGGCUGUGUCUUGAGCACUACCCGUGCGGCGACGGAUCGUGGCUUCAUCGUGACAGUGGCGGAAGAUGCUUGCUUUGAUCCGGUCCCUGGCCUCCACGCUAUGCUGGCUACACAUGUCCUACCCACAAGUGCACACGUCGCAACCUCGCGAGAAAUCCGCGAUGCUUGGAAAGUCCUGUGA